CGUUUUCGGUUCCGUCUUUCUAUUCUCUUUCGUUUAUUUACAGUCAGUCUUUUUGACCAACAAAAAAAAUAACAAAAAGAAAAUCAAAAAAGAAAACGCUUCACUUUCAAUGCCGUUGAAAUAAUCGAAUUAACCAUCUUCACACUCUCUGUAGCUCAGAUUUUUCAGAGCUGCAAUACGCUAAAAAAAAUAAAUUUCUUCGCUUUUCAUUUUCAUUUUCUCGCAGGAAUUUUGGAUUCUCCAGAAAAGAGGAAAAGAAAGAGCUCUCGGAUUUUCUCUCUUCUUUCUUUUAUUUUUCUCCCUUUUUGUAUUUUCUCUUUGCGUUAGGUUAUUUCUUUUCUUUUUUUUUUUUUUUGUGGAAAUGAAGUCUUCAUUUGGUAAACUUCGAAGAUUUGCGCUUCACAAGAACGAUAACAAGGAUAAAUUAGAUAUUUUGUCUUCUGCUCAUUUAGAUGAACUUGCUCAAGCAGCUCAGGAAAUGCAAGAUAUGAGAACUUGCUAUGAUAGCUUACUUUCUGCAGCUGCAGCAACGGCAAACAGUGCUUAUGAAUUCUCAGAGUCACUGCAAGAAAUGGGCUCCUGUCUGCGGGAAAAAAGAGUGCUACCUGAUGAUGAAGAAAGCCGUAGAAUUUUGUUAAUGUUGGGGAACUUACAGUUUGAACUCCAGAAACUUGUGGAUAACUAUCGCUCGCAUAUAGUGCUGACAAUUACAAACCCAUCAGAGUCACUUCUCAAUGAGCUUAGGACUGUCGAGGAUAUGAAGCGGCAGUGUGAUGAAAAAAGAAGUGUCUAUGAGUACAUGGUGACACAACAAAAAGAAAAAGGAAGGUCAAAAGGCGGGAAAGGUGAAACUUUCAGUUUGCGGCAAUUGCAAAUAGCUCGGGAUGAAUAUGAUGAAGUGGCAACCCUUUGUGUUUUCCGAUUGAAAUCUCUGAAGCAAGGGCAAUCUAGAAGUCUUCUAACACAAGCUGCUCGUCACCAUGCAGCACAGUUGAAUUUCUUUAAGAAAGGACUUAAAUCACUUGAGGCAAUUGAGCCUCACCUUAGGCAGGUUACAGAACAACAACACAUUGAUUAUGAGUUCUCUGGCCUUGAAGAUGAUGAUGAGGAAGAUGGUGAGAUUGCUUACGACCCAAACAAAGAAGGGGAAUUAAGUUUUGACUACAGAGCAAAUGAGAAAGGGGUUGAUGUUGCUUCUGUGUCAUCAAUAGAGGAAGAUGAAGUAAGUCUUUCUUUCCCCCAAACUUCUUACAUGGAAAAUGAAGAGGUAAAUCCAGAGAGAAAUCAUGGGGAUAUUCAGGUCUCAAGUAGGGAGCAUAGAGUGGGUAGCCAUUCAGCUCCCAUAUUUCCUGAAAGGAAGCUUGAUCCUGCUGAAAGAGUAAAACAGAUGUUGCAGUCGUCUACAAGGAAGUCUAACACUUAUGUGCUUCCAACACCAAAUGAUUCCAAGUCUGCAGUCCCUGCAAGAACAGUUAGCUCAUUUACCCACACAAGAACGACAAAUGUAGCUGGACGUCCAUAUAAUUUGUGGCAUUCUUCCCCACUGGAGUCUGGUGAUGGUCAACUAUCAGAAAAAUCUGAAUCAGUCCUGAAGGAGAGUAAUAAUAGUAAUACUUUUACACAACUACCCCCUCCUUUGUCUGAAGGACAAGUAGUACCUGCCCAUCCUGAUAGUUCCACUGAAGCCAAAAGAAUAAAAAAGAAAGCUGCAUCCGGUCCAUUAACCAGUAAACAAGCAUCAUCAAGGCCUAUUCCUUCUGCUGAACUUCCCCAUAUAGCUUCAGCAGUAUUUUCUCAUUUGCCAGUUCCUCAACCAUUAUCACCUCCAAAAGUAUCCCCAAGUGCAUCACCUCCCCUUGUUUCUUCACCCAGAAUAAAUGAGCUUCAUGAGCUUCCGAGGCCCCCUCCUGUUAGUUCAGCUGCUAAACCUGCAAAACCUUCUGCCUCGGUUGGCCACUCUGCUCCUCUAGUCUUAAGAAAUCAAGAGCAUUCUGCAAGUACUAUUCCUUCAUUGGCAUCAAGUGGAGCUUCUCCUCUUCCAGCUCCACCUUCGGUUGUCCCUCGAAGUUUCUCUAUACCCUCUAGCAAUCAAAGAGCAAUGGCGAUUCACGUUUCCAGGCUUUUGGAGGCUCCACAAGUUCCAUCCCCUCCAUUGACGCCCAUUUCCAUUGUAAACAUCAAGCCACUACAAGAUGUUUCUGAAGUGCCAUCUCAUGGUGGCCAAAUGAGAGGUGGGAGCUGAGAAACCUGAAUCUGAUUCAUAUCCGCAUUUGUUGAAUUUUUCCAAAGUCUGGACAUCCAGAAAGUUGAAGUAGGGAUCGGCUGUAAAUUAAGACGUUAGUAGUAUGUUUGGUUUCACAUCUCAAACUUUGUCAGCAAAUGAUGGGAACUGAAGGGCUGAAGAUUUGUGUAGCAUCAUCACGUAUAUUCUUCACAUCAGGAUUUCUUUAUUUUUUGUACAUUUUUACUUUGAUGUACGCAUCAAAAUUCAAAAGUUGAAAAGGGAUUUGGCGAUUGUAUUUGAUACGUUGCCACGACCAAGAUGUUAAAAGGAUUUUGCCCUGGUAAGUGGAAACUGGGAGCUACUGGUGUUUGGAUUGUGUAUAUAGGUUUAGAAGUUAGAAUGUAAUGGAGCCGAGCCAACUCAGUUGAUACAUAAAUGGCCAUUGCCAACUUCAAGCUUAGUUCACUUCUUUGAGCUUGGAUAGAGUUUUUAAGCAUCUGAUUUAGCCUUUUAAUAACUAGGGUAAAUUACACAUACCUCCUAUAUCCCCUCUUAGGUUUCUCUUUAGGAUUUGUUUGAACACAACUAUAUCAUUAUUAUUAUCUAUGUGUUCUCUAUUUAA